ACCAGUAGGACUUGUAGUUUACACUUCAUUAGAUAGAGAUAAGUGAACUACGUGUAUUACUUGUCGUGAACCAAAGUAGAAUCAGGGCAAUCUGUAAAUUCUUUCGAUGCUCAAUUGACGAUUGCUUAAGCGAACUUUUCCGCUGAUUGAUCAACUCGCACCUAAUAACUUGGGUGUAUUGAUUCGGUCGAGUGGUGUUUCUGACAUGGUACCAUGAAUCCCUACGAAACUGGCGUGGCUUUUUCUGGUGGUGGCAUACGGUCAGCGGCACUAUGCUCUGGAGUCCUGCGUAGACUGCUCCAGGUUAGAGCAAAAAUACACUACCUGAGCUGCGUGUCAGGGGGUGGUUACACAGGCACGGCAUUUUUGGAUUGGAAAUACAGGAACGAGAAGAAAGCAAAGGGCAACGAAGAAUGGCAUGAAGAGUUCUUUGACAACAUGCGACAAAGAGCAGGUUACUUUUGUAACUGGGAGAAGCCAUGUCGAGGAAUCCUUGAUACGAUUAUGAUGUUCUUUCUACUGCUUACUGUCACCAUUAUCGAACCGAUUGUCAUAUAUGGAUCAUACGCAUUUCCACUUGCCUUCAUUAUCGAUGACCUCUUCGGAAAGUUACUUCGCGCCAAACUGGAUUGUGAUCACGCUUCAGUAGCCCCUUCUGCAAGUAACCACAACGUUACAGCUCAAGAAAGCCGCGAGCACUGUCUUUCUCGUCAAGGAACCGUUCCUGCUGCUAAGACUAUCCUGUUUUCAGUUCUGUUGGCGCUCUCUGUCACUUUUUACAUUCUGUCACAAAAGUUGUCUGACAAGAAGUCUAAAUAUUUCAGACUUUUCGCGACAAUUUUCUUUUUGUUUUUCUGUUUUACUUUCCUUCCAUUUGCAAUAAAUGAUUUCUUCAUUGAAAUCCCUCUUUGGAGUCGGGCGGUCAUUGUGGUGAUUGGUGUGGUACUAUGGUUCGUCCUUCCUAUGCUCCGGGACAAAACGUCCUACGGCAUUAUAAUCUAUCUCUAUUCUUACAUCAUCUACUGGAGAGUGUACGACGCCGAGGUUGUUUGUGUUGGGUAUUCUGAUGGACUGUUUAAUAAGCUGCUCUUUGCCUCUGGGUGUGUCUUGUGGUCUGUGCCAUAUUUGAGACAAUCACGCGAGAGGCUCGUCCAUGUCUUUAACAGAUGGAAACUUCGUAAGGCCUUUUACUCAGAAGAAAGUUCAAGAACAAGGGGAUGCCUUGAGAUACUCCAAGAUAUCUUCUGCCCCCUGUGGACAUGUCUGCUGAAGAACCGAAGACAGAGGUCCAAACAGCACACAGACCAACAGAUGGACAUCCUUACCGAUGAUGAAGAGAGAUGUAAUAAUGAGCCACCCGAGACAAGACCCUUGAACCUUUCCGACCUCCGUGGCACGGAACCUGAGUUAAUAUCAAACACGACCGUCCACAAUUGGGAGAAAAAUAUCAGGUCUGACAGAGACUAUGACAUACUGACAAUGUCGCCUACAGCAAUUGAGCGCUUAGACCGAGAUCCAUCGGAUGUCAAUCAGUUUGAAGGUAAGCUGGAUCCUCGAGAUGUGGAAUUAGAUGACGCCAUGGCCACGUCUGCGGCAGCAAUUUCAGGGUAUGACGAUGCUCUACAAGUGAUGCGUCUUUCUACGAUUUUGGGAUUUGAAAUGGGGGCUUCGAUGGUCAGUGACAUGAAGGCGGUUAAAGAAGAGUCCUGUAUCAUGAAGCCUCUGCCUCUUCUUAUAAACUUUCUCCGGGGUCUUCCGUUGAUCGCUGUGCCAGCGGUCUAUUUCACUAGCGGCGGUGAAAGGUCAAUCGAGGUUGGAGUAAUUGUAUUCUUCGUAAUUCACCUGAUUUUGGCCUUCAUUGGAGCUUUCGCCGACACAGGAGCUGGGAUACCAAAGUUAUGGGAGAAGAUAGCCAGGUGGUUUAUUGUACACGUGUCUUUCGUGGAGUUUGUCAGAGAAACCCUUUCCGUUGAGAACAUCGGACCCAUGCCCCCUCCUGUGAUGCUACUCAGCGACGGAGGCCACAUGGAAAAUACCGGGAUUCUACCAUUAUUAAAGAAAAAACUCAAGAAAAUUGUUGUAGUGAAUGGUGGUUACACCUCUGAUGAGAAGAGGUAUGGAGAUGACCUUCUGAAAGCACUGAUGCUCGCUCGUACCGAGCUAAACUGUUCGUUUAUUGGCCAGGGAGGUCGUGACGUCAUUUCAGACCUGUUAGACACCUUCGUAAAACCAAAUAAACCGGAUAAAAGGAAACCAAGAUAUUACAGAUUUAAAGUUGAGUACUACAAAGAUGACGGUGGCAAAGAUGGUGAAGGUGAAAUUAUGAUGAUAAGGCCACGAAGUCCACGCAAAGGUGAUCAAAGCGAGGUCAAAACCUGGGAAGAAUUUGGUUUUAAUCUGGAGCCGAAUGACUGGGGAAAUAGUCCGUAUUUGACUGGGGAGGAAGUCGAUAAGUUGACCUUCUGUUGCUGUGAGUGCUGCAACAAAAAGUCCUGCCUAAGCGGUUUGUCUGAGCUCCUCUGUGACAGGUUCCCAAACACCUCUACUGCCAAUCAAUUUUUCACACCUUUGCAAUUCUCCGCCUAUCAUCGUGAAGGUUACCGAGCAUGCGUUGAAACACAAGCCGCUGAAUUUCUCAUGGAGGACCACGAUGUCCAAGAAGUAUGAGAUACACAGGCGAGCCUGUGAGCAUGUAGCUAUAGAGACAUUGUAUGCAGCUGUCGGUUUUUUUCGUUCAAACAAAACAUUAAUAAGAGUUAUAGGUCUUAGCCGUUCCAACGCUUUAUAAAAGCGCUGUUUUAGUAAAAAAAAAAAGUCUGUACGUGAGCUAAGUGGCUUGCCCAGCCGAACCUUAGCCCAGUUU